CUGUUCGUUUAUGUUCUCAGGGCUGCCGAAUGGAAACUCGACAACCCUGACUGGGUUGGUCGCUUGCGGCUGGUUCUCGGUCGCCGCUUGGAGCUGAGACUAGAGGACAAAACUACAGGUCAGCUGUUUGCCAAAUGUCCGGUUGAAAAAUACCCUGGACCUGCAAUCGAAGCGGUACUCGAUUCUAGUCGAUAUUUCGUGAUCAGGCUUCAGGAUGAUUCAGGUGAUUAUUUCAAGCUUUUGAUGUUCACGGGCCGUAAUGCGUUCGUUGGCAUUGGCUUUGCCGAUCGUAGCGAUUCGUUCGAUCUAAACGUCGCGUUGCAGGACCAUUUUAAGUCGUUAGCGAAAGAUGAGCAGCUCAGCCGAGAAAUGGCUUUAGAUGAGACGAAACCAAAAUUGGAUCUUAGUUUCAAAGACGGACAGACGAUCACUUUAAACAUAGGGAAUAAAUCUACUGUCUCCCGACCGCGGCCUCGUCGUUCUGGCGCUAACACAGAAAUCCCGCUUCUUCCGCCACCUCCCGGUGUAUCGCCGAAGUUGUUAACAAGAAGUCAGCAAACGCCCAACAGGGAGUUUACGUCUUCUGGUUUAUUCGAUGAGCACAGUGCAUUCCUGUCGUCGACAUCAUCAACGGUAGCUAAUGUCUCAGACAGAGGGAGUAGCAGCAACAUUGAGGUGUUAAAAUCAACAUUCGGCAGUAGCAGUGUGCCGGCUUCAUCAAAUGGCUCUUCAGCCAAUUUAGUUUGCUCCAACAUCCUGGAGUGGCAUUAUGUCAUUGAAGGCCCUCCUAACACUCCGUACGAUGGUGGAUUUUACUAUGGCAAGCUCGUUUUUCCUUCUGAAUAUCCGUUCAAGCCGCCAAGCAUCUACAUCCUUACCCCGAAUGGAAGGUUUCACACUAAUACCCGACUUUGUCUGUCCAUUAGCGACUUUCACCCUGACACAUGGAACCCUGGCUGGUCUGUCGGAACUAUUUUAACUGGCCUAUUAAGUUUCAUGGUUUGUACCUUGUUACUUUAUAUUCAAUAAUU